CUUUGCGCUCAUGUCCGGUCAAUCAGGCAUUAUUACAUAACGCGAUGAGAUGCGCUUGACGGGCAUCCUUAAAGUACCCUCCCAGUACUGCGGUUCUGUUUGCACUGACCGUUGUCAUCGACGUUGAUACCUCUACAAUGUCGAACGCAUCAGCUGCAAGCAUACAGUUGGCUCAGGAAGAAGCGGUCCUCUUACAGACAGCAUACACUUAUGCCUACUGCUAUCUCGCAACUACUGCCCUCAUCUUCUUUGAGUACAUUGUGACUUUCUCUGAAGAGGUUCACGUCGUCUGGGGAACCAGGUUGACCAUUGUCACGGUCAUAUUUGCCCUCAACCGUUAUAUGCUCAUGGUACAAGGCGUUAGUUCUGCACUGAAUCCCGUCUGGUGGCAUACUCCACUGUUUAUAGAUUGUCACAGCUGUGAUGCCGUGACCGUCUUGAAUAGUGUGGUCACGAAUGUUCUUGAGGCUGUGGCAGCAAGCUUUUCCGCGUUUCGCACAUAUGCUAUCAGCGGACGCCAGAUCGCCCCUGCAUUGUUAGUAUUGCUACUGGGGCUAGCACCAGUCGGCACCAACAUCUUUACAUACACAAGAGAUUCAUACGAGUUCGUGACUUACGUGGGCAAAUACCCAGUUUGUAACUAUAACGACCGCGAGUCCAUCGCGAUACAGGACAAACUCGUCAUCUUCGGGCGCGUCUGCCCAGCUGUGUCCGACUUGAUUGUGCUCCUUGUCACUUGGUUCAAAACAUCCGGACUCGCCAUAGAAGUGCGAAAGUUACGGUUAAAAGGAUCGAUUGCGACGGUACUCAUAAGAAACGGUGAUGCCCUUUUGCUUCUCGACAUCCUCCACAUCGCGAUCAGAGUCCACUACAUGAAUUCACAGAAUCCCGCAAGCUACGUCAUAACUUUCCUGCCGGCGUGAGCGACCGAUCAUACCCGAUGCAGCUCGAUUCAUCCUUACCAAGUCAAUCAGAAUCUCAUCAAUCUUGAUAUCACGCUUCAUCCUCAACCUACGCCAGGUGUUCCUCGGCAGCGUGGACUUGAAUGCGAUCUCUCACAGCACUCUGAACACGUCGGACUUUCCCUCUCGCCUGGUUGGCAACUUUGGCGCCGAGGUCCAGCACACGUCACUUGUAUUUGAGAAUGUCGAGGAUAGCGCUGAGGACGAGCAGAGUGUUGGUGUGGACUGUGAGGUCUACGAGUUGGCGCAGGUGCAGUAGUCAUCGUACAAGCUAUGCGGUCGUUUUCGACAGUGCCGGAUCUGACUGUAACCUGCAUUUGCACCUUGACAUGAUUUUUCAGUCGUGAUAUCCGAGCA